AAGAGGAACCGUGCAAGCAAGCCCAAGGUGCGAACCGGCUGCAGAACCUGCAAGAUUCGGCGAGUCAAGUGUGAUGAAGCCAAGCCAAUGUGUCAGCAAUGUCAAAGGGCGCGUGUUGUUUGCGAUGGAUAUCACGACGUCGGCCCAUCCACCCCUCAGCUUACCACUAUCGAGUCCAACAGCUUUAAACCCAGAGCAAAGCCAACGAAUGCAAAUAUAUUAAGUUCCACGGUAGACGCCCUACUAACGAGCUCAAUACACCUCUUGAAAGGCUCUCUCUCGCAAUAUCGCCGGGACACCUCCCCAAUACAGCUCAACUCACAAGCGCGAGGCUGGAUGGGGAAAGAAGACGAUCUCAACGAUAUUGAACACAUGCUUCCCUUCCUCUCCAUCAUGGGCGGGUGGACCCCCUUUUUGAAGACGCAAAGGAUAAAUCUUGCCCUUUGGGAUACAUCGGCCAGAGGCGACGACGCAGUAGCAAAUCUCGCUGAAUACCAGAGCACCAAGCAACUCCAGGCAGAUUGGUGCCGAUUCUUCGCCCGCGCCUCCGCCUUCACCGGACAGGCGUUCACAGCAGUGACACAGCAACGCCCCGUCGCCGUCGUUGCCGCCGUUGACCUCGAUCCAGCACUGCUGCACGAACAACAGAAGUACCUGUCACACCUGGACCGAUGGCGAGACGUCCUCGACGCAGCCCUCGCUCGUGCCGCGACAUCCCACGACAGCCAGGCUAAUAAUCGCGCCAUCCGGCUCAUGCAGCUGCACCGCCUCGUGCUUUCCAUCGGCAUGCAGUGCUGCCUCGACCCCACCGACAUGCUCUGGGACGCGUACGACGACGAGUUCCUCGCGCUGGUGGGAAGCUGUCUGGCGUUUGCCGUCGAAGCCGCCGCCACCAAAACCACUGCUGCUGGCAGACACUACCGCUACUACUACCAUGCGCGCUUCACCUUUAGCAUGGGCGUUCUAUCUACGCUCGGUCCGGUCAUCGCCAAAUGUCGUAACCAUGACAUCCGCAUGCGGGCGCUCGAGAUGGCGCGUAGAAUGCCGUGGCGCGAAGGCGCGUGGGACGCCGAGGCUGAGUUGUUUGGCAAGCUAGGAGCGGUGCUGCUGGAGGAGAGGGGGAGAAACGCGGAUGAUGGUGUCGUCUGGGCUGAGAAUAGGUGGACGUGGGUGGAUGGUGUCUGGGAUAUGGAACGGCGGAAACUGGUCGGGCGAUAUGUGAGAAGUGUCCCGGAUCGGCUAACCGGGGACCAUGUCGUGACGAGCCUCGAGGUGAACUUGGAUGCGUGGCCCGACGUGUGCCGCGAUGUCUCGUGUGAGGUGGACCAUGCAGCCGAGUGUAGGGUGCUGGAU